AUGGAGAGCUUCAACAUUGCCAUCAUUGGCGCCAUAGGCGUCGGCAAGUCGACGUUUGUUCAGCGAAUCCUGGGCCUGUCGCGCCCACCCAUAUCUACCGCGUCUAGCGUUCGCAUCGUCGUCGAUUCCGCCGCUUAUAUGAUUACACUUCUCGAGCUGGACUUGGAUUCCUUCGAGUUGAACACACCGCAUCCCAUCCAGUGGCCGAAGCAGAUCAACGGCCACAUCGUACCCCGUGUCGACGCUGCCUUGGUGCUUUACGAUGUAACAAACAAGGACACCAUCCGCGAACUUCCUCAGACCUUGGCUGCUUUAACAAACUCCAACAUGCCCGCCAUGCUAGUCGCGACCAAAUGCGAGGCACCCGAGGAAGAACGACAGGUCAAUCCCGAUGAGCUGGCCAACCAUACCCUCUUCAGAUCUUGUCUGGCCCACUUUAAGAUAUCCUCGACCAGCCCAGAAAUAGAUCGCACCUGUCUGCAUGCCAUUCUUAGGGCCGCCGUGGCUCAUAGAAGGGGUAUGUUGCCACAUGAGACGGGCGAGAUGGGCGCUGCUCGUAAGAGAGCGCAAUCCGCCGCGAAUCUCGACGCCCCCGAUCCCAGCGCCGGCAGACCCAUUAGCGAAGGAAGGCAUAAUCGUGCCAGCUCCGACUUUUCACUGCUCCGCGGCUUUGCGGCUCCGUCAACCGGCACUCCUGUCACAGAUGGCCAUGCUCAGAAGCAGGCAUCCAGGAGUCCACACCGAGACCGAAAUACGGGAGUACGGAGCUCGGGGAAGCUUACCGCAACAUCCACCACCCUUGAGCAUUCGAUGGCAGCUGUUGUGGGUCCGACGCUGACAUUGCCCCCCUUAGGCGGCCGCGCAAACGACUCCUUCCUCGACGUCGACGAGUCCGACACUGAUUCACGUCGAUAUUCCGACGACAUCCCCAUCUUGCAGCGAAACGAUGACGUUGUAGUAGAGAAGCAGCAAAAGAUGGCAGGCGUGCCUUUCGAUGAUCUUGUAGAUCGCCUCCUGGCGUUGCCCCUUUCCAGGGCAGAUCUCAACUUCUUCGAUGUCUUUCUCUGCCUAUAUCGCAAGUUUGCUGCGCCCGGAGAGCUCUUCUCUGCCAUCCUGAUGCGGCUGGAUCGCGUGAGGGACGACAAGACAGUUCACCAUCUAACCAAGACGGCAACUCAGCUCAGAAUCAUCGAGACAGUAGCCAAGUGGGCGUCGCUGUAUCCCGGCGACUUUGCCCGUCUAACUACGCGACGAAACUUGGACGAGUUUAUCAGAUAUCUUUCCACGGAGCCGAUUUUCUGUAUCGCCGCAAGGCAGAUGCACCGAAACCUUACUCUCCACGUCAUCGAGGAUGACGAUACUGGCUGGGCCAACGCCGACGAUGCCGACGACCAGCUGGCUAGCGACAUUCUCUCCAAAGAGCUGAGCGAGCUUCCGGCUGGAUUGACCGCUCUGCAGUUUGAAGAAGACAACUUUGAGAGGCCGUCUGUGAGCUCGGAGAACCUCAACAGGGUGGUUGGCAGCGGCGGCCAGAUACAGCUUUACUCAUACGAGGACUACGACAGAGAGGCUGCUACCUUGGACCCCACAGAUCACUUGCCAAUGAACAAGUUUCGUUACCGCAUCUUUAUCGAAAUCAAGGACGACGAUAUUGCUGAUGAGCUGACCCGCAUCGACUGGAUCAUGUUUUCUUCGAUACGCAUCCGCGAUUUUGUCCGUCACGUCAGUCUACCGGCCAGCCAAAAAGAGAGCUGCAAGAGCUUGAACAAUGUAAACCGCAUGAUUAACCACUUCAACCACGUCGCAAAGUGGGUCGCAAACAUGAUUCUCCUCCGGGAUAAGGCGAAACAUCGAGCUCUUGUUCUGGAAAAGUUUAUGAACAUUGCUCUCAAACUGCGCCAGCUUAACAACUACAAUGGCUUAGCCGCCGUUCUGGCAGGAAUCAAUGGAACCGCAAUCCACCGCCUCGCCCAAACAAAAGCUCUAGUUUCGCCAGAGACUCACAAGAAGUUCGCGAGAUUGGUCAUCUUGAUGGGCACACAGAAGAGUCACUUUGCCUACCGACUGGCCUGGGAAAACUCACCCUUGCCCCGUAUUCCCUUUAUGCCCCUGCACCGUCGUGACCUGGUGUCUGCCGAGGAAGGCAGCAAAACCUUUGUUGGGCCCAAUGGCGACCGCAUCAACUGGAAAAAGUUUGAGGUCCUCGGCGAAGUUCUUUUGCCCCUCAUGAAGAGCCAGGGAUCGCCGUAUCCAAACCUUUCCAAGAACGAUAAUGUUCGAGAGCUAAUUUUGGGUUGUCAUAUGACGACGGAUGAAGAGGAGAUUUACCAGCGAAGUCUUGAAGUCGAGGGUUCCUCGUCUGGUGGUGGAGCCUUGGAGCCAACCAAGAAAAUCUUUCCAUGGCUUAAGUAA